GCUGCCGUGCUUCCAACCAUGACCGACCGCGGCGUUGAUCUGUCGGCUCUGCCUAAAGAGGUCAGGGACCAGCUGGCGGAGUUGGAUCUGGAGCUAUCCGAAGGUGACAUCACACAGAAGGGUUAUGAGAAGAAAAGGACCAAACUCUUGGCCCCUUAUAUAAUACAAACUCCAGCGUCGCCACCUAAGAAUGAUGUACAGCCUCCUGCGCCAAGCUCCUCUAGCCACGCCCCUCCCCCAGCAAACUCGUCUCGAUAUCGAGAACGUCGCUCCCGCAGGACACAUCGCAGUGGAGGAACCAGGGAUGACCGCUACCGAUCAGAUAUCCAUAGUGAGGCAGUACAAGCUGCCCUGGCUAAACAUAAAGAGGAAAAGAUGGCACUACCUAUGCCCACAAAAAGACGGUCCACUUAUGUGCAGUCCCCCAUUGAAGCCCGAACACCACCAGACUCGUCAUCAGGUUCUGAGGAUGAGACCUCGGUGCGAAGACAAUCUUCAAUGGUCGCUCCCCCUCCUUUGGCCAAUCCCAAAGCGCCGAGCCCUGAAUGGGUUACCCGCUCCACACAGGGCUCCUCCACCUCCUCCUCAGCCUCCUCCACCAUGUCGCAUGGGGACGGCAAGCCACAGCCUCAGAGCCAACCCCAUGCUCAGCCUCAGUACAAGCCCCAGUACCAGCCUCUGUAUCAGCCCCAGUACCAGCCGCACGAGCAGAGCCGCACUGCAGCAGUGACAGACUUGCUGGCUCAAAGUCGCAUUGCCCCCUCUGAGAACAGUGCCCCCCCUCCAGAUGUGACAGCUGUGGCCCCUCCAGCCAGAGGCCCGCGGGUGGACCUGCCCUCUAAUGCUGUCGUCCGAGGGAUGAGCCGUGGGCAGAGCCGCUCGAGCAUGUUGGAGACAGCGGAUGGAGUUCCUGUGAGCAGCAGAGUGUCCACUAAGAUCCAACAGCUGCUCAACACUCUGAAGAGGCCUAAGAGGCCGCCACUCAGCGAUUUCUUCACUGACGACUCCGAGGAGAUUGUCCAAGUGCCCGAGCCAGACCCCAACAUGCCCAGGCCAGAGGGCCGCCAGAUCAUCCCUGUGAAAGGGGAGCCCCUGGGAGUCGUCAGUAACUGGCCCCCAGCCCUGCAGGCGGCAUUGGCUCGUUGGGGGGCCACUCAGGGGAAGAGCCCUGCUCUCACUGCUCUAGACAUCACGGGAAAGCCGAUGUAUACCCUUACAUAUGGAAAGCUGUGGAGUCGCAGUGUGAAGCUGGCAUACACUCUCCUGAACAAGCUUGGCACCAAGAAUGAACAAAUCCUCAAACCUGGAGACAGGGUGGCGCUGGUGUACCCCAACAGUGACCCUGGGAUGUUCUGGGUGGCAUUCUAUGGCUGCCUGCUGGCUGAAGUAAUACCUGUGCCUAUUGAGGUGCCGCUGUCUCGCAAGGAUGCAGGUAUCAGCCAAGUGGGCUUCCUGCUCGGUAGCUGUGGUGUCGGUCUUGCUCUGACAAGUGAGAUCUGUUUGAAAGGUUUACCCAAGACCCCUACUGGUGAAAUAAUGCAGUUCAAAGGCUGGCCCCGGUUAAAAUGGGUGAUAACAGACUCAAAAUACUUGACCAAACCAUCUAAAGACUGGCAGCCGCACAUUCCCACUGCAAACACUGACCCCGCUUACAUAGAGUACAAGGCGAGUAAAGAGGGCACCGUGGUGGGAGUGGCUGUGUCUAAAGUGGCCAUGUUGACUCACUGCCAAGCACUGACCCAGGCUUGCAACUACUGUGAGGGUGAAACUUUAGUCAACGUUCUGGACUUCAAAAAGGAUAUGGGCUUAUGGCAUGGAGUUCUCACGGCUGUAAUGAACAGAAUACACACAAUUAGUGUUCCUUACGCCGUAAUGAAAGCGUGUCCUCUAUCCUGGGUACAGAGGGUUUACAUCCAUAAAGCUCGUGUGGCUUUGGUGAAGUGCCGUGAUCUGCACUGGGCCAUGAUGGCUCAUCGGGACCACAGAGAUAUCAGCCUGGCUUCAUUACGAAUGCUCAUUGUCGCUGAUGGUGCUAACCCCUGGUCGGUCUCUUCCUGUGAUGCCUUCCUGAAUGUGUUUCAGUCACACGGGCUGAAGCCUGAGGUCAUCUGUCCCUGUGCCACCUCUCCUGAGGCCAUGACAGUUGCUAUACGCAGACCUGGAGUCCCGGGGGCACCCCUCCCUGCCCGUGCCAUCCUGUCCUUGGGUGGCCUCAGCCAUGGUGUCAUCAGAGUCAACACGGAGGACAAGAACUCUGCCCUGACUGUACAAGAUGUGGGACAUGUGAUGCCUGGAGCCCUGAUGUGUAUAGUUAAGCCUGAUGGACCCCCGCAGCUGUGUAAAACUGAUGAGAUAGGAGAGAUAAUAAUCAACUCCCGUGCAGGAGGCACCAUGUACUAUGGCCUGCCUGGACUCACCAAAAACACCUUUGAGGUGAUACCGGUUAAUGCUAAUGGCGUUCCCAUUGGAGAGAUUCCAUUCGUGCGGUCAGGACUCCUGGGGUUUGUUGGCCCAGGGAGUUUGAUCUUUGUGGUGGGGAAGAUUGAGGGUCUGUUGAUGGUGAGCGGGCGGAGACACAACGCCGAUGACCUGGUGGCCACCGCUCUUGCCGUAGAGCCCGUUAAGACGGUGUACCGAGGAAGGAUCGCUGUGUUUUCAGUCACAGUGUUCUAUGAUGAGAGGGUCAUAAUAGUGGCAGAGCAGAGGCCAGAUGCCAGUGAGGAAGACAGCUUCCAGUGGAUGAGCCGAGUGCUUCAGGCUAUAGACAGCAUCCACCAGGUGGGCCUCUACUGUUUGGCUCUUGUCCCAGCCAACACUUUGCCCAAAACACCCCUGGGAGGCAUCCACAUCUCAGAUGCUAAACAGUUCUUCUUAGAAGGCAACCUGCACCCCUGCAACAUCCUGAUGUGUCCCCAUACUUGUGUCACCAAUCUGCCCAAGCCCCGCCAGAAGCAGCCAGUUGGCGUUGGUCCUGCAUCGGUCAUUGUGGGCAACCUGGUGGCAGGGAAGCGGAUUGCUCAGGCUGCAGGCAGGGACCUUGGCAUGAUCGAAGACCAGGACCUUGUCCGCAAGCUCUGUAUGUGGCCUACUGUUAUGCACCAGUACUUGACCGAGGCUCUUCAGUGGAGGGCCCAGACAGAUCCAGACCACGUCCUCUUUGUUCUCCUUAAUGCCAAGGGUGUAACUGUGGGCACAGCAACUUGCGUCCAGCUUCACAAGCGAGCAGAGAAGAUAGCCGCAGCGCUCACUGAGAAAGGCAGCAUCAACACUGGGGAGAAUGUAGUGCUGCUCUAUCCUCCCGGUAUUGAUCUGAUUGCAGCCUUUUAUGGCUGCCUCUACGCUGGAUGUGUUCCAGUCAACGUCAGGCCUCCGCACCCUCAGAACCUGGCAGCCACACUUCCCACUGUCCGGAUGAUUAUUGAUGUCAGUAAAGCUGCGUGUAUUCUCACAACACAAAACCUCAUGAGGAUUCUGCGCUCCAAAGAGGCUGCAGCUUCGGUCAACAUCAAGACCUGGCCAACAAUCAUUGACACGGAUGACCUUCCUCGACGCCGACCCCCUCAUAUCUACAAGCCCCCUACAGCAGAGAUGAUUGCUUAUCUGGACUUCAGUGUGUCCACCACUGGCAUGCUUACUGGGGUCAAGAUUUCUCAUGCAGCGGUCAGUGCACUUUGUCGCUCCAUAAAGCUUCAAUGUGAGCUGUACUCUUCUCGUCAAAUAGCCAUCUGCCUGGAUCCUUACUGUGGUCUGGGCUUUGUCUUGUGGUGCCUCGCAAGUGUUUACUCAGGUCACCAAUCCAUCCUGAUUCCCCCGUUUGAGCUGGAGACCUGCUUGUCUCUGUGGCUCAGCACGCUCAGUCAGUACCGCAUCAGAGAUACAUUUUGUUCCUACUCUGUUAUGGAGCUAUGCACUAAAGGACUGGGUAUGCAGACCGAUCUACUCAAGGCCCGUGGCGUCAACCUGUCAUGCGUGCGGAGCUGUGUCGUGAUAGCAGAGGAACGUCCUCGUCUUGCCCUCACACAGUCCUUUUCCAAGCUGUUUAAGGAUGUGGGGCUCUCUUCCAGAGCUGUCAGCACUGCCUUUGGCUCCAGGGUUAACUUGGCCGUGUGUCUGCAGGGCACCACUGGUCCUGAUCCCUGUACGGUGUAUGUGGACAUGAAGUCUCUACGCCAUGACAGAGUUAGGCUGGUGGAGAGAGGAGCUCCGCAAAGUCUUCCUUUAAUGGAGUCUGGCAAGAUACUGCCAGGUGUUCGUGUGAUAAUCGUGAAUCCAGAGACCAGAGGCCCUCUUGGUGAUUCUCAUCUAGGAGAGGUCUGGGUGAACAGCCCACACAAUGCCAGUGGUUACUACACCAUCUACGGAGAGGAGAGUCUUCAGGCUGACCACUUCAACACCAAGCUGAGCUUUGGAGACCCACACACAUUAUGGGCCAGAACUGGAUACUUGGGCUUUGUGAAGAGAACAGAGCUGCUGGAUGCCAGUGGGGAUCGGCAUGACGCUCUGUUUGUGGUGGGCUCACUGGAUGAGACCCUGGAGUUGCGAGGGUUGCGCUACCAUCCCAUCGACAUUGAAACAUCAGUGUCACGGGCACACCGAAGUAUUGCUGAGAGUGCUGUGUUUACAUGGACCAACCUGCUGGUGGUGGUGUCAGAGCUGUGCGGAUCAGAGCAGGAUGCUCUGGACCUGGUGCCUCUGAUAACCAACGUGGUCCUGGAGGAGCACCACCUCAUUGUAGGUGUGGUGGUCAUUGUGGAUCCCGGGGUUAUACCGAUUAACUCCAGAGGAGAAAAGCAACGCAUGCACCUUCGGGACUCGUUUCUCGCUGACCAGCUGGAUCCCAUCUAUGUUGCUUACAAUAUGUGA